UAAGGAUUUCAUCAAUGGGAAGUCCAAUCUUUUACUGCUUUCUGCAACACUGAAAAUGGCAGCAGCUAAAACAUUAUCACCCCAUCCUUUUCCUUCCAUUUUUCUACCCUCGAAGUCGAAACUGAGCAGCAACACUACUGAAUUAUUCAACCAUCGCCACCACCGACACCACAACCGUCAACCAUGGCUAGGACAAGCUGGAGUGAUCUCCACAAGACCAAAGAGGGUGAUGAUUCGAGUCUCCUCUCAGCUCCAGGAACAUCUCCUGUCUUCCUCUGUUGUUAUGGAACAGCUUCAAAACCAAGAAUCCAUGUUUGUAGUUGCAGAAAGUGCUGCUAGUUACUCAUUGGCUAGCUACUACACUUCUCUGGGACUCUUUGUCAUCUCUGUUCCAGGCCUCUGGUCUCUUAUCAAGCGCUCUGUUAAAUCCAAGAUUGUGCAGAAAACAUUUACAGGGGAAGGGGAAGGGAAGAAAGAACCAGCUCAGGUUGCGGGAGAAAUCUUAUCUUUUUUCACUCGCAACAAUUUUGCUGUCACUGGUAGAGGAGAGACCAUUACGUUUGAGGGAAUGAUGGUUCCAAACCGAGGCCAGGCAGCAUUGCUUACUUUCUGCACUUGCAUUAGCCUCGCUAGCGUUGCGCUUGUGCUUACCAUAACUUUUCCAGACUUUGGUAACAAUUGGUUCUGGAUCACCAUUCUAAGUCCAUUGGCAGGAGCGUACUACUGGAAGCGAGCAUCAAGGAAAGAGGAGAUCAAGGUUAAAAUGAUGGUUGCAGAUGAUGGGACCUUAUCAGAGAUCGUUGUUCAAGGUGAUGAUCAGCAAGUAGAGCAAAUGAGGAAGGACCUUCAGUUCAGUGAAAAAGGUAUGGUGUAUGUCAAAGGCAUAUUCGAGAGAUGACAAAAGCUAAACCAACUAGUUUAAUAUCCAUUUGAAUUGAUUCAAUAUUCUUGCAGUCAGAGACCAAAAAUGUCCUGCUUGAAAAAUUUUUGAGAUGUAUAUUGUCCGUAAAUGUAACCAAUUAUCUUGUUUUAAGUUGGUUUUUAUACAGAAUUUCUAGCUUGAUGCCAA